UGCAUUUAAGAGAUUGAGCGAACUGUCAUAUUCAAGUGAGUAAAUUGACGAGCGAACUGUCAUAGAAUUAAAGAAAGACCAGUAAAGGCAGAGCACAAGGUCAAUAGAAGAACUUUUAAGGUCGAUAUGAAUUUAAAUAAUGAGCAAACUUCCAUAGAUUAAAGAAAGAGCAGUGAAGGCAGAGCACAAGGAUUUAAGGCCAUCUGUUUGGAAAAUCAAUCUUUCGAUGUUCUGUUAGAUUCUGCCAUGUAAUAGAAAGUAAGUUUAUGACAAUAUUCAGCAGAUCAUUGAAUGGUUCAAUAAAUGUGAAAGUUAUCAGUUGUCACUUUCAUACAUAAAAGUAUAUGAUGAAUAGUUUGAAGCAUGAACAACCAUUUUCAAGGCCCUCCAGAUCUCAUCCCCAUGACAGCAAAUCAUAUCAUCAUAAAGAUGGGGCAAAAGGCUCCGAGCUCUGGACAGAUGGGCUAAUCUGUGCUUAUGAAUUUUUCUCUGGGAAGAAGAAGAAAAGUAGAGAUGGGUUACAAUCUAAAAAUCAAAUAGCACAAGAGAAAAUUGUGCAAGAUAUAACUAGGAUCAGACAAUCUGAUCUAAAUAACUUGUCUAAAACCAAUGUAAGCAGUGAUUCAAAACUAGAGAAGACUACUAUUGUUUCAACUGAUAGUGAAGAUCCACAAUCAAGUUUAAUAAAUAUUGAAGAAACAGAUGGAAACAAAGGCAUGGUAAUGCCGAGGGAAAGCCAAAUUGCAAGAAAGAACAGAAAUGUAGAUACACUUCAUGAAUGCUCUUGGGUCCCAAUUGGAUGGUCAAGACUAUUGGAACUCGUCCAGAUGGUUCAAGUUGAUGCAGAGUGGACUUCUCAGCCAAUUGAAUACAGUGAUGAAGAGGAUACUCUUACUGUUGCAGAUGUUGCAGCUCCAUACUGGCAGAGACCAGCUGGGCCAACUUGGUGGUGCCACGUAAUGGCAGGACAUCCAAGAAUUGAUUCCUGGUUAAAAAACUCUCGGUGGUUGCAUCCUGCAAUCAGUACUUCUCUAAGAAAUGAAAGCCAAUUAAUUAGCGAGAGAAUGAAACACCUAUUCUAUGAGGUUCCAGUUCGUGUUGCAGGAGGACUAUUGUUUGAGUUGCUAGGACAGACAGUAGGUGACCCUCAACGUGAGGAAGAUGACAUUCCUAUAGUACUUAGAUCUUGGCAGGCUCAGAACUUUCUUGUCACAGCUUUGCAUGUUAAAGGAACAGUGCCAUAUUUAAAUGUUCUUGGAAUUAUUGAAGUUCAGGAUCUUCUUGUAGCUGGAGGUUCUGCAGCUCCGAAAACAGCACAUGAACUAAUUGCAAAUUUAGCUUCUCGUCUUGCAAGAUGGGAUGAUAGGUUGUUUCGCAAAUAUAUUUUUGGGCAAGCUGAUGAGGUUGAGUUGAAGUUUGUUAACAGGAGAAAUAAUGAAGAUCUGACACUAUUGGGUAUUAUAUUGAAUCAAGAGGUCAGGAGGUUGUCAUCAGAGGUGAUUAGAGUGAAAUGGUCUCUACAUGCUAGAGAGGAAAUUGUCUUUGAGCUUUCAGAACAUUUAACUGGAAAAGUCACUCAAGAAAUCUUGGAAAAAGUGAGAAAUAGUACAAGGGAGAUGAUUGUGGAGCAAGAAGCUGUUAGAGAUCGCCUCUUCACGGUUCAAGAUGUCAUGCAGAACACUGUACGAGCAUUGUUACAGGAUAAAAGUAUACGCAUUACACAUAAUUUGACGGUUAUUGGAGGAGGGGGCCUUGUUCUUACUAUACUCACAGGACUUUUUGGAAUCAAUAUUGAUGGGAUCCCUGGUGGACAAAAUACACCAUAUGCAUUUGCUUUAUUUUCUGGACUACUUCUCUUCCUAGGCGUGGCUUUGGUUGGGUUUGGAAUGCUCUAUUUUGGGUUUAAAAAACCAAUCACAGAAGAACAAGUUGCAGUGCGUACAAUGGAACUUAAAGAUCUUGUAAAAAAAUUCCAGCAUGAUGCAGAGACACAUGCAAAAUUUCAAAAUUCUAGUUAUAAACAUCGAUUACAGUUACAAGGAGAUGAAAAUAUCCUUGAAAAUUGUGAUUAUGUUGUUAUUAGAUAGCUUCUUGUAGACAGUUGUGCUAUGCAAUAUGGCUUGACGUUAUAUACUCUAAACAAAUAAUAAGCAAUCCAGACCACUUGUGUUUCUAAAAUUAUAUUGAAGAUAAUAAGAAUUUGAAAAUUAGGAAUUUGAGAUAA